AUGGAUGCGCUCAGUCAAACCGCGGGCUCCUCAAGGGCUCGUCAAUCGCGGAAACAUCUCACCUCCAAAGGUGUUGUCCUCGCCUUACUUUCCACCUCGUCAGUCUUGGUUUCGGCUCAGGGUUCGGACUGUAUCUCCUUGAAAGACUCAAAAGCUUGUCCGGCGUUCGAGUCUGCAUCUAUAUCAACUCAAGAUAGCCUGGUUGAGAUUUUUCCUUUCUUGCAGUAUGUUUCUGAUAGAUCAUCAUUCGACAGUCAGCUUUCCAGCUAUGUUCAAAGAGACUACGCACAGAGGCAAUAUCAGUCGCUGUUCGGAUGCAGUAACCUUGAUCUGAGCAACACCAGUGACUUGUAUGCUCGCUUUACGACAACUGUGCUUUGUAAUGCUAUUGUUCAAAAUUCCGUUCAACCCUGUGGCCUUUCCGAACAACAAUCACGGCCCCUCUGCGCCGAUAACUGUGCCGAGUUCGCCCAAAGCGAGGCGUAUGUGACAUCGGAUGACGACUUGUGUUCGAAACCAUCAAGCAACUUGCUCCAGCUGAUCAGAGCAGACUUCACUAAUUGCGCCCUUCCUGGAGGCUCUCUUGACACCUCAACAUGUAUAUCAGCUAUCGAGAACGAGUCUGAGAAUUGUGGUUACGGCAACAGUACUGUGGGACUCUGUUCUUAUUGCGGCUCAGGCGGCCUUAACUCGACCGACACUUGCUGCUACAAUUCCAAGGCCGAAGACCGUUGUAAAGACGUAAAGCUGCCAGCAUUGACCGCUACGAUGACCUUUACACGAGUACCACCAAGUUCCACAGCAACCGAAUCGAGCACAGCGGAUGACGGAAAUGACGACGAAGGCGCCGAUGACGACCAAAGCGGCGGCGGGUUGAGUGGUGGAGCAAUUGCUGGAAUCGUUAUUGGAGUUCUGGCAGGCCUUGGGCUGCUCGCACUGGCUCUUCUUUUGUGUCUUAGGAGGAGACGAAGGCCGAGCACUCCUAAAGGCAGCAUCUUUAAUCAACCUGCGCCUGCCAGACAAGGCCCGCCAGCAAUGGCACAAGCGGCAGCACCAGCCGCUCCUCAGGGUUACGAGGUACUUCCGGGUGGACGUAUAGCACGCAUGUCCGCCCUGGAAGGCCAUUCCGGUGACUCACCUUCACACCAUCGCGACACAUCAUCGGCCGCUGGAGGAAUUGGUGCUGUAGGAGCGUUCCGAAACAGAGGUGCCGAGCACUCAUCUGACGAUUUCACCUCAAGCCCACCCUCUUCAGAAUCCCGGAGCGGAGUACUGAGACCACCACCCCACAAGCCUCGACGAAAUGCAUCCUUAUCAAGCAACUCGGCCCUUGGCAGCUCUGUACCGCAGUCCCCAUCUAGCGCUGGGGGGUUCUCGUCACCACAGGGCGUUGCCAGCCAGCAGUCCGAGCAGUUGCCCUUCUUUAAGGAUUACUACUCUCAGGACGAUAUCCACCCCGGUGACCGUAUUGCUGUCCUCUGGGCAUAUCAACCUCGCGCAAACGACGAGUUUUCCUUGGAACGUGGAGAUAUGCUCAAGGUUGUGGGUAUCUGGGAUGAUGGCUGGGCGACUGGUGUGAUGCUCAACGAUAAGGCUGAUGAGUGGGAGGCUCGACGACUAGCUCAACGCGAUAGUGGCGUCUCGAACGCGUCGGGUCGCCGUGGUAGCUCACCAGCAGCAGAGGGCGAGAUCAAAGCAUUCCCCCUUGUUUGUGUUUGUCGACCUGAGCACUGGAGGAAGACGAUAGAGGGUGAUGGAUCAACGGAGUCUGGGUCCCACGGUCUCAGUGGGCCACCACCAUUCUCAUGA